CCGGCAUCGAGCCGAGUCGAUGACUACACUUUUAAAAGCGCGGACGUUAAAUUUGAAAAUCGAAUUUUAUUUUCUUCAUGCGUUUAUUAACUGCCAGUCAUAUUUAAGAAACAGUGUGUUGCUUGCCAGUGUCUGUUGACUAUGGUGUAUAGAAGUGUUUAUUUUAAAGAUGAUGGUUACAGAUAUGUUCGAUAUGCUCAUUUGGAGAGACCCUGGAACAUGGAGACGAGGGCUGACGAUGAAGAGGCCCCGACGGACCCGGCGGCCAGGAAACAAACACACCAUGACUACACGGAACAGGAUUUUGAAGGUCACAGAGCGCACACGGUGUUCGUUGGCGUGCACGUGCCUGCCCGGAGACACUCGCAUCGGAAACACAAACACCACCAUCGCGACGGGGAGAAGGACGACCGACCUGGGCCCAUAUUGCCUCGAGGCAGACGACUGAGCGUCACAGAAGAUGGCGAAACAUUGACACCCCCGGCUCAACGAGUACAGUUUAUUCUUGGAGAAGAUGUGGACGAUGCCACUCUUGAAUCACACCCACUUUUCUCCGAAAUGGAAGAGCUGGUUAAAGAAGGAGACGAACUGGAAUGGAAAGAGACCGCCCGAUGGAUAAAAUUCGAAGAAGAUGUAGAAGAAGGUGGCAACAGGUGGUCGAAACCUCACGUCGCUACUCUAUCCCUCCAUUCGCUCUUCGAACUUCGAAGCUUAAUUCUGAACGGCUCCGUGAUUUUAGAUAUUGAGGCUAACUGCUUGGAACAGGUCGCGGACACUGUUUUAGACCAUAUGGUGGUCGAUGGGUGCUUAGGUUACGACAGUAGAGACAAGGUUAAAGACGCCCUGUUAAGGAAACAUAGGCAUCAGCAUGAAAAACGAAAUCACAAUAACAUGUCACGAUUGCCACUAAUCAGGUCACUGGCUGAUAUUGGGAAGAAUCAUUCGUCUUGCAAAAAUUUCCAGGACGGUGGGUCUCGACGCAGCUCGAGUAGUCGGUCCACCUCGUCUCCCAACACCGCUCUGCUGCGGGCUGCUGACGCAAGAGGCUCCUACCUAGCAGUGCCAGGUGGAACACAACAAGAAGAGGGGAUGAUAAAAAGUCCAAGCAGUCUUUCAAUGCUUAGGAAUCAUAGUUCCGGCGACCUUCCAUUGAAUGGUGACAUAAACCAUAAAUGCAAUACGCAUUUCAUGCGCAAGAUACCACCCGGUGCCGAGGCUUCCAACAUACUGGUCGGAGAAGUUGACUUUCUAGAAAAAACUUUAUCAGCAUUUGUCAGACUCAAAUCAGCUACAAUUAUGGGUGAUUUAACUGAAGUUCCCGUCCCGACACGUUUCAUGUUCGUACUACUCGGUCCACCAAAUAGCAAUUCUAGUUUUCAUGAAAUCGGCCGAGCAAUGGCAACUCUUAUGUCAGAUGAAAUUUUUCAUGAAGUUGCAUACCGAGCAAAGAAACGUGACCACUUACUAGCUGGUAUAGAUGAAUUUCUAGAUGCUGUCACAGUAUUGCCACCCGGGGAGUGGGAUCCCACUAUUCGUAUUGAACCUCCAGCAGCUAUUCCAUCCCAGGAUCCCAGAAAACGUCCAAAUGAAAUCAAUCCCAAAGAAGAAUUGGACGAAGAAGAAGAAGAACAAAAACAAAGGGAGGAAUCAGGUUUAUCCAGGACAGGGAGAUUAUUUGGAGGCCUAAUCAAUGAUCUUAAAAGAAAAGUGCCUUGGUACUGGUCCGAUUUUAAAGACGCACUGGCGAUACAAUGCGUUGCCUCUUGGAUUUUUCUCUACUUUGCUUGCUUAUCGCCUAUUAUAACUUUUGGAGGAUUAUUAGGAGAAGCGACUGGAAAAAAUAUGGCUGCAAUGGAAUCCUUGGUUUCUGGAUUUGUGUGUGGAAUGGGGUAUGGGUUCUUUUCAGGUCAACCUUUGACAAUAUUGGGUUCGACAGGGCCUGUGUUGGUAUUUGAGACUAUUGUGUAUGAAUUUUGCAAGCAACUCCAUUGGGAUUAUAUGUCCUUCAGAUUUUGUAUUGGCACUUGGACGGCGAUAAUCUUGAUUACAUUAGUGGCUAUCGAUGCCAGCGCACUCGUCUGUUACAUCACCAGGUUUACUGAAGAAAAUUUCGCUACACUCAUAGCGUUUAUUUUUAUUUACAAGGCUGUAGAAAAUGUAAUUUCCAUCGGUAAGAAAUACCCCUUAAAGACACGCCCCGACGAGGUUCUCAACUACGAAUGCUACUGUUUGCCGAGCAAUUACUCCGCAGUACCUCAGAAUUUUAAUUGGACAACAGUCGAUAAAGACUCAUGCCAGUUGUACAAUGGAACUUUGGCGGGCGGCGGAUGCGACACAAAAGUUUAUGUACCAGACGUUUUCUUGAUGUCCAUUAUCUUGUUCUUGGGCACCUUUACAAUAUCAAUCAUUCUGAAAGAUUUUAAGAACUCUCUCUUCUUUCCAUCGAAGGUACGGCAAAUUAUAAGCGACUUCUCCGUGAUUAUAGCCAUUCUGUCUAUGUCGAUCCUGGACUACAAAGUAGGCGUAAAGACGCCUAAACUCGAAGUACCUUCCGAGUUCAAACCGACGCUCCCGUCUAGAAACUGGGUGAUAACUCCAUUUAAUGGGAAUCCUGUCUGGUCGGCACUAGUAGCAAUAUUACCAGCUUUAUUAGGCACUAUACUAAUCUUUAUGGAUCAGCAAAUAACGGCCGUCAUCGUAAACAGGAAAGAAAAUAAACUAAAGAAGGGAUGCGGCUAUCAUCUAGACUUGUUUGUACUGGCUAUCUUGAUUCAGAUUUGUUCAAUCAUGGGUCUGCCGUGGUUUGUUGCUGCCACAGUUUUGAGCAUAAACCACGUGAAUUCAUUAAAAGUUGAAUCCGAAUGUGCCGCGCCAGGGGAGAAGCCACAGUUCUUAGGCGUGAGAGAACAAAGAGCUACCCAUAUUCUCAUAUUCCUGACUAUUGGGCUAUCUGUCGUGCUGACCCCAGUUUUGAGACAUAUACCAAUGCCUGUCCUAUUUGGAGUAUUCCUGUACAUGGGGGUUGCAUCGUUGAAAGGACUUCAGUUCUUCGACAGAAUUUUAAUAAUGUUCAUGCCACAGAAAUAUCAACCGGAUCACAUGUUCUUGAGACAAGUGCCCAUUCGACGCGUCCAUCUCUUCACCGCUAUUCAACUCACUUGCCUCGUCUGUCUUUGGGUGAUAAAGUCUUUCUCUUCAACAUCCAUUCUCUUCCCACUGAUGUUGGUCGUGAUGAUAGGCAUCAGAAAGAGUCUGGACCUACUUUUCACCAGACGCGAACUGAAAAUCCUGGACGACGUCAUGCCAGAAAUGACCAAGAGAAACCAAGAUGAGUUACGCGAGCUAGGAGAUGAGGAACCGAGCAAGAGUAAUCCGCCGGCAUAUCAAGAAAAUUUGCAAAUUCCUCUCAUAAAUGGUAAUAUCAUGAAUAUACCGUUAACGUCGAUUAACAUAUCGGAGGAGGUGAAUAAGACUGGUAUUUGGAAGGACGUUAAUAAUAAGACGAAGAAUAAAAAUGGUGUUAAGGAUAUUAAGCCCAAAACAGGGAAGAAAAACAAUAAGCAUAAAAAGUUGAUGUCCAAAGAUCUCCAAUCGGAGAUAGACAGGCGGUUAUCAACCAUGGACGAAGUCGAAGAAGACGAUCCUCCAGUAAAGGGCGAUAUCGUAAGGCGGAAGGAAUCUUGGAGUGGCGGAAUAAAAAAAAGUGAUUCUAGGAAAAACAGCACGUCAGCUGAAACUUCGGUCUAACCUCUUAUCAGUCAAUUUUAAACUUUAUGCCAUUUACCAUUUAGUCCAUUUCUCUUUGUAGAUACUGUGUUAGGCUCAAUCUAUACACGGCGGAGGGAACGUUGUGUCUAUGAAAGCUUUUCUUGAAUUCUAGUAUUUUUGUAUCGCGUAGUGCGUGUAUAGAUAGUGCCUUAAAAUGUCAAUGUUUAGGAUAAAAUGUGAUCCUUUACUGAAUACUCUGUCUGCAUGUUACUCCAGACUAUUACAGCCUUAGAGGAUAUAACCAAUGGAGACGCCAUGUCUAAAAUUUUCGGUACAAAAUAGUCUGCCGUUUUUUGCGGGGGAGGGGCACAUCAAAUGUAUAGGUACGUCAUGUCAGAUAAACGUCAAUCCAUACAUAUGGUUGACAUGUGGUUGACCAUUGGCCGCCUAUUUUCGACAGAGGGGAACGUCUGUUAAUGGCGGCUCCAUUGUUAAUUACUCCGAGAUUACAGCCGUUUAUUUAAGUACCUAUGUUUUAUUUGUACGGAAAGUUGAAAUAAGUUUUGCCGAUGCCAAAUAGGGCAGUUUAUGUAUAAAUUUUCAGCGAUAUCCAUAUGUUUUAUAGCGAUUUAUCCGUGUUGUUUGAAUGUAACAAACUACAUAUGUGUUUAAUCGUAACUGUAUAAUGUAUAAGCGCGUCCUCUAUGUACUUUUGCGUUUCAAUCAAUGUUCUCAUAUACACUUGAUAUUAACUUGACUACAAUGAAGUUAAACUUAAGGGGCACAGAUUACAAGUUCGCCGGACGAUAUCAGCCUGACGUUGUUUGGAACUGUCACCUUUUGCGUUUAACUGACAGUCUGAUAUCGUCCGGCGAACUGGUAAUCUGUGGGACCCUAUAACCGAUUCGUUGCUGAUGACACGCCUGCCGGGUCAUCGAUGUUUUUUACGUGUGGCGCAUGACACGGGAGGAGUGUCAUCAUAUUCUAUGGCGCAUGGCAUGGCUGCCGUGUCAUGAAAUUAUUGUUCCGCGCCACAGCCCAAAGUUUUCGAAAAUGGAACACGUAACGAAUCGGUUAAUUGUGGAUGCGUCAGUAAACAAAAAAUAACCAACAUUUUGUUAACGAAGUCUGAGUGUCGUAAAAUCCUAUUACAAAAAAAAUCUGCCCUCCUAAGGUAAAUUACUGGCACAAAAAUGUAUAUUUUAUUUACCCUAAGUGUACAUACACGUAAGUAUAAAAACGUAUAAACUAUAUAUGGCUAAUUGUAUUUUUGGCGUAUUUCGAUGUAUCCGUAAGAAUAUUUUUUUAGAAACGCACCUUGUACGUAUCUUAUUCUUUCUGUGUCUAUGGUUAUCUCCGUCUAAAGCUAUACAUAUACCUAUCUUAUAGUUCGUUUUUUUUAGCAUUAGAAAUAAGGUAAACAAUAUUGAUGCGUCUUUUAAUUGAAAAACACAUUUUAAAAAUAAGUUACGGCAAAUAUGUAACAAUUAUGAAUCUAAUACGAUCAUUUAUAUUCUUCUGCUUUCAUAAGUAAUAGUUUUUGAUUUUUAAAGAGCGUUUUUCAAUUAAAAGACAUGUCAAGAUCGCUUACCUUCUUGCAAGUUCUUUCUAAUGCUAAAAAAACGAACUAUAAUAAUUACUGUGUUUCGCAAUUAACCGUAAAAUGUUAAGAUAAGAAAUAAUGAAUAUUAUUUUCGUUUCAUUAGUAUAUUGGGAUAGUGGCACGAACAUUUAAAAAGCGUUGAAGUUUUAACGAAGCAAAGUUUUCGAAUACAAUUAAAGCAUUUAUAGUGAAUACCUACUUAAUGACGAAAGCCUUUGCGUUAUACAUCUAAUUAAAUAAGUAUCGGAUUGUUAUGAAACUUAUGAACUAUAAAGUGCCUCUGGAUAAUAAGUUUAUGCCUCUGCGUGAAAACAUUUUAUUUAUUAUUUAUUUAUUUAAAUAUGAAACAAACGGUCAUACAAAUAUUGUUACAGUUUCUUCUCUUAAUCUAGACCUAAUAGUUCACAUAGAUCUAUAGUGUAGUAGUUACAUUUUGUUUAUUUUGAUCUGAAUUAUCUCAACUUUGUAAUACUGACGUUUUAGAAUUUGGAGUAAUGAUCCAGGCUUGGUUACCGGGUAUUUGGUGGCGAUAAAAUAAUCCAACAGAAAUUUAUAAGUAAUUGAACGAUGACUUACCCCGUUUGGUACAUUUGUCCUAGUCAGUCAUCGUUGGUUGCGUUAUUUAUUUUUUAUGUCAGUUGUCAAUUAGACAAUUACGUCAGUGUAUGUCAGCGUCUUAUGUGGUCAGUUAGUCGCCUUUAGGGGCUUAAACAAAAAAGGUUUGUGCAGAAACGAAGUUUAACGCAAUCAUCAUAGGCCUUUCAGUCUAUUGCAGACUAAUACAAACAGUGUCAGGCAGGGCGACAGCGUUUUUUUUUAAUGCAAUAGGGCCACCAAAUAGCAUUACAGAUGUAGUGCAUAAUUAUUUUUUUCUUCGUAUUUUCUCGGAAACAUUCGUAUUUGUCAUACUACUUCAGUCAACCUUAGUACUUUCUGUAGGUACCGAGACUGAUUGAAAUAGCAAGACACGUUGGUAUGUUUCCGUGUAAAAUACGAAGGAAGGAAGGAACAUGUAUCCCAUAAUUGAAAAACAAAACAACGUUAUUUCAUCAAAACUAAUUUCGCUGCAGACCUACUUGUAUCCAAGGUGCUUUUAAUAUAAGUUUAUACGAACAAAACAAAUAAUUCUGACUAAAGAUUUCUAAGAACUUACCUAAAGCAUUCCGUUGCGAGAAAUUUAAUCAAAUCUGAAUCGCAGCAAACGAAACGUUUUGCACAAACGAAAUUUACUAUCCAAAGACUAAAACAUAACUUUUUCUUUUGCGGUUGCUUCGGUAUUUCUUUAACGUUUAAAUGUUCGUUGCCCCUCACCAAAACCUGAGGGCCUACCGCGAACCACGUUCGAUGUGUUGCCUCUCUAUCGUACUUGUAAACUUGUACGUUAGUGUGACAGGGAGGCAACACGUCGAACGUGGUUCGCAGUAGGCCCUCUGAAUGUGGUAUGUUGUGAUAUUGAAUGUGGUAUGUAGCCUCGUCCAUAGGGCAACUACUUUCAUCUCGCAUAGAUCCACAGUACGAAGUGCCAAUAGAGAGACACCAUUAGUAUAACUGUAUGAUACAAUUUUGACUCUUUUACUAUAGGAUUUGUAUGUAUAUUUAUCGUUUAAGUAUACAUUUGUGUAACCUAGGGCGCUGUAACAAAGUUUGGAAAUGAUCGUGUGACAAAAAUUGUACUAUCGUUUUUAGACUUUGAUAUACAUAUAAGUAGUAUAUAGUGCCAUUAGUUUUAACUGUUUUAAGUACCUACCUAAUGUCCCAGUCCUAAUCCUAUAUACCUAGUUGGAAACCUUGGACACUAAAUCAAGUAAUACGGUUAAAAGAUGUCAGUAGGUACCUAACUAUUGUUAAGUAAACUAGAAAGGCAAUCCAAAAAUCUUUAACUUUUUUUCUGUUUGAUGAAUGAUAAUACUACAGGGUGAUUCAUGAGACGUGAGCAGGAUUAAUCCUGCAUACUCAGUAACUGAUAAUUGAUCGAUCACCGUCGUAUUUAGGAGAAACAACAACACUUUUUUCCUAUUUUGUAACUUUUUGGUGAGGGCAUUUUUAAUUCUCAACAAUCAUGGUCACCCUACAAGACCUAAUUAAUAAACAUAAAACCUCUUUACCCGUAAUGACAGCAUUUUGAUUACGAAGAAAAUAAACUGUCAAACUUGAGUGACAUACGACUUUUCAAAAGUAACCAGAUCGUGAUGAGAGUGAUGAUAUUCAAUUUGACACAGAAUAUCGGUAGUUUAGUAUUCUAAUUUUAGGGUGACCAUGCAUGUCGUAAAUAAAUUUAUAACUUUUUUUUUCAACACGACUAGAAAAUUAACGUUAACCUCACUAAUACUGAUAUGAAACAGUUGCUUAUAAUUUACGAAAUGCGCAGUGUUAGUCCUGCUCAUGUCUCCUGAAUCACCCUGUAGAAUUAGGUAAAUACCAGAAGGCUGUACAUCAAAAUUGCUCUUUAGACUGUCAAAGUGGAUAUUAGAUAUUAAAUUAGUUACAAUUUAACUUUUUAAUUCGCAGUACCUAUUAUUUUUCGUCGCGAGCGUCAACGUAACCGUAAAUGUUUUAAUUAGUAAUUUAGGUUUUUUUAUUUGGUUAAAUGUUAAUGUACGUUGAGAAAUACCAGAACAACUAUCGUUACUAGUAAAGUCGAGGAAAAAAUAAGCACCUAGUAACCAAGAAGCAGCAGGGAGGCUAGCCGAGAUGACAACCGUGCAUCGACAAACGCCAAACGAAAAGAAAAACUGUAUCGGGAUGCCAGGUGCUACGAAAAUUCACGUGACUAUUUCCGUACAUUUUUUAAAUUUCGACUCGUUUCCUAUCAACGAUUGUCAUAUUGGCUAGGCCCCCAGGCAGUACAAAACACGCAUAAGCUAGCUUCAACUGUGCAACAUUAAAAUAGUACACCUACAUAUAUACUAUUACAAUGAACAAUUACUAUAAGUACAUCUGUACCUAAUAAUGUAGACCCUGAAAGCCUUUAGUAACCAUGUGACCGUAGUUGUAGGGGUGUUUUCCAAUAGUUACUACCCUCAACUUUUAACCUCAAACAAACGGAACCUCUCAAACCUCUGAAGAAUUCGUAUUCAUGCGUGCAUGUGUUUCGGUGCUACUUCUGUCGUCAGAAGUAGCACCGAAACACAUGUAAAAUUUCAAAUAAUAUAUUUAAAAAUUUGCCAUGGUUAAAAUUCGCAGCUUCUAUUGGGUACGAGUAGGUCCUACUGAAGGAAUGUGGCCCAAAAAUCUUGCUAUCUCUGGCCCUAAGACAUUACAUACUCCCUAAAAUAAGUACCCUAUACAUGGUCAGCCAUGGGGCUUUAAAUUCAGGGCUUGAUUUUACUCGCUAAACUGAGCUACUUUUACUAAGGGACCAACCCUAAAAUCGGGGAAAAAUUUUUGGCUUUUCCAUAGAAAACGUCGACAUCUAAUCAGCCUAAAUGUAUGAAAAAGUAAAAAAAAUUCGGGAUUUCGGGGUUGGUGCCAUAAUAAAAGUAGCUCAGUUUAGCGAGUAAUAUCGAGCCCUGGAUUUAAAACUCCAUGGUCAGACACACCCUGUAUAUAAACUAAACUGGGGUCCCUUUGUUUCCCAUAAUGUUUUAAGUCAUAAUGUAUUGUUUGACAUAUUAUCGUUAGUCAUAAAACUGAAACCGUUAACUUUUCAGGAUUUUCCUGAGGUUAUUCUAUAGAUAGGUUAGGUUAGGUUAGGUUUGUUUUAUGACAAUCCUGAAAAGUUACGCGUUUCUGAGAAAAACCAAUUAUAACUAACGAAAAUUCGGACAAACAAUACAUUAUGACUUAAAACUAUUUGGGAAACAAUAGAGACCCAUAUAAACUGUACGGUAACUAAUGGAAUUAGCCCUUUUACUGUUAAUUUGAGUAGGUUAUGAAUGAAAAUCAAUUGUUUGUACCUGCGAGUUUGUUAUGGCAUUUUUGGAUAUUAUCAUGUCGAGUGUUGAAUAAAUGGGUUUAUAUAAAUAUAA